UGCAUUGUGGGUAUGGUAAGCGGAAGUGCUUUGGGACGUCGUGGUAGAGAAGCGAGUUGUUGUCGUGUUUUGUUGUUUUGGGUUUUUUUAUUGGAGUUUUGUUUAGUUUUUACGGAUGCGGGGCGAAGAGUCGUCCGAUUCUGAGUCGGGCAGGAUGGAGGAGAGCUCGGUUCGGAGGAGCCUGGAGACUCUGUGCCAGGAACUGAACAUGGACGAGCAGACAGCCGCAGAAACACUGGAGAACUUCACUGCCAUCUGGAACACAUACACCCUGGAGGGGGAGGUGGUGCACUGGUUGGCCUGCUCUCUGUACGCUGCCUGCAGGAAGGGCUCCACUCCCACCGUGGGUAAAGGACUGAUGGAGGGAAACUGCGUGUCUCUCACCAGGAUCCUCCGCACCGCCAAACUCAGGGCUGAAUAACGACCGCACCAUCACACUGAUCCCAGUUCAGCCGUGUGAUUCCUCCGGUACGAUCACCGCUCAGUUCCUGCUCACCACCUCCCCGAGUCGCCCCCCUCCUCCCCCUCCCAUGACCUCUGACCCCCCGGCGGCAGGAAGCGGACGCCCGCGACGCACCGGCUCCCUCGCGCUGUUCUUCAGGAAGGUGUAUCACCUGGCCAGUGUGCGUCUGAGGGAUCUGUGUGUGAAGAUGGACGUGUCGUCGGAGCUGCGGGGGAAGAUCUGGACGUGUUUCGAACAUGCGUUGGUUCACUGCACGGCUCUGAUGAAGGACCGACACCUCGACCAGCUGAUGCUCUGCUGCGUGUACAUCAUAUCCAAAAUCACCAAAGAGACUCACACCUUCCACGACAUCAUGAAGUGUUACCGUGGCCAACCACAGGCCAGCAGCCAUGUGUACCGCAGUGUGUUACUGCGUCACACUCCCAGAGAGCAGGUGACUGACGAGAACAUGGAGGUGGAUCCUGUCUCAGGUGGAGAAUCGGCAGAGAAGACCAAUCAGGCGUCAGGAGAAGCCAACACCGACCAAUCAGGAGAGGAGGAACGCGGUGACCUCAUCCAGUUCUACAACAGCGUCUUCGUCCUGAAGAUGAAGAGCUUCGCGCUGAGAUACGCCGUCCAUGACAACCGGGUGGACGCCCCCCCCCUCUCUCCGUUCCCCUCGGUGCGCGCUCAGCCUCUCUCCCCCCGCAGGGUUUCUCAGAGACACUCGCUCUACGUUUCUCCUCACAAGAACUCUGCGGCCUGCCUCACACCGAACUCCUACACAUACAGGAUCAACAGCAGCCCCUCCAAGGAGUUGUCGGACAUUAACCGGAUGAUUCGUCAGGGCUCCUCGGUCAGCAGGAAGAGGGCCUUCACCAUGGAGGGCGACGUGAUGAUGUCAUCAGCGUGUGACUCCCCCAGUAAGAGGGCGUGUCCGGAGAACAGCCCCGACGUCCUGCUGAAGCGCCUGCAGGUCGUCGUGUCCGAGCGACAGAGUCACUAACGAACACGUUAAAACAUUAAAUGACAUCACAUUUAAUUACAGAAUCAUCCCCACCUUAAAAAGCUUAGCGUACAUGAUGAAUCUAGACAUUAGGAGUGUUUCAUUUAUCAUUAAUGAGGCUUACAUUUGACUUUUUUGUAAUAUAUUAUGACCUGAGGGUUAUAGAACGUGAGCAGAGAAAGAUGGCAGAAUGCAUGCCAUUUGGUUUUAUCAAAAAUAAUCAAACUCAACGUUUUAUUAGAAACCAUGAGUAAUAUCUGAAAGGGGAUAUUUCAGGAAUCAGAACAAACUCAGACACUGUUUUUUAUCUUUUGGCUGAAAAAAAGUCUAUUAUUUAAACAUUUUUCAGGGUUUCUUGACCCUCAAAUACAUCUGAACACCUCGAUGUUAGAGUGUGUGAAUUCACAGGUUGAUAAGUGAUUGAUAAGCAGGUGUUCAGGUGUGUGUUGCUACUGAAGGGAAACUUACAGUUUUAAAAUCAAAGUUAACCGUAUUGGCCUGAAUAUACGGAAGUUUUCACAAAUAUGUUUUUAAUUAUUAAAAGAUCAGACCGUUACUCAAAUUGAUAUCUUUAUUGGCAUGAUGAUGUACGGAUCUUAUCCAGCUGUGCUUUCUGACCACACAAAUAUAAACAAUAUUAACAAACAUUUGAAAUGCUCGUCGUUCUUCUCGUCAGGUCAAAAUAUAUUUAGUAAGAUUAUCGUGUAAAUAGUUUCUGACAAAUCAAGCGCUAUUGUACAUUUUCUAGCAUUCAACUCGUCUUCCUCUCCUGUCAGAGGUCUCUACUUUUUAUGGAGAUUUUACUGGGAAAUUAAUCUUUUAUUAAUUACCGUUAAUUAAAAAAGAAAUGCUGUUAUUAUGCUUUUAAUGUUGUAAAGAAAAAGGUAGAAAAGCCCAUGGAGUGUGUGGUAUCUACACAUUAAAAACAUGUUAUAUCUGCUUUUGUUUAUUCAUUGUUUUGCUAAAAGCACAUUAGCAAAGUGAAAAGCUAACCACAUGUCAAAUACAAAAUAAAAGUGUUGAUAUUUGCUCCCAGAUAGUUGAUAGUUAAAAUAAUGUGAAUGUGUGAACAGGGAAUCAUUCUGUGUCAUUGUCCCAAACUCUUUUAAAGGAAAUGUGUAUUUUCCAGGUGUUUUGUAAAAUAAAAUGUACUUUGAUCACUAAA